AUGCGAUUCACGAACGUCGAAACAUCAUGGGCAAGCUUUGGAAAAUGUCGGGACGUCGCGUUCGUCGGAAGGGACGCGAUCGCGACCGUGUCGGGCGUGUACGCACGUUUCUUCGACUGGAUCACCGGAGAGACACGUAUCGAGAGAUUCGAAGGUCGAGAGAGAGGAGACGGCGCUUCCUGCGUCGCUGGACUAUCGAUCGCACCGAUUUUCUCCCUGGUGGAGAGGAAGUCGAAUCCGAGAAUCUUGAUAUUCGUGUACCCAUCGAUCCGAAGAAUCGCAAGAUGCGCUCGGAGCGAAGAGGCGAACGGUUACGCGUGUUGCGCGUUCGCUGGCACCGAAUACCUGCUCGGCCAAACGAUCUUUCCCGAUUUUCGUAUUGUCGUGUGGCACUGGAAAACUGGCGAAUGGAUGACGACGAUAGAUGUGACUAUGAUGAGCCAUGAUCACCUGAUAUUAACAUGGGAUAACGACUACGCGAUGAUAGCUCGUUUACCAGGCUCGUACUUGGGAGCCUUGUCGAGGCCCACGGGUCGAUUGGUCAUCGUCGACACAGCUACUGGAAACGUUGUCUCUCCGAUGAACCGACUCUUGCUGAAGCAUCACGGCAAAGUCACGCGUCUGGUCUCGCAUCCCUCGUUGCCUAUUCUGGCCACAUGCAGCGUCGCUGGUAACUGCGUGAUCGUCGAAGCAUCGACACCGUCAUCCCCGAGAAUCGUGAACUGCGUUCAUUUGCAGAGGGAACCGCUGGACAGACUCAAGUUCUCGGAGGGAGGACGUUUACUCGGGGUCGGGGCUUCCCGACUCGGUAGAUUGUUUCUCCUCGGGCCGUUGACCGAUAACGGCCCAGACAACGUAAACGUCGCGGCUGCGUUCAACGUCGGACGACAGGUGGUCGAUUUUCUGAUUUACGAAACGGAGACGUAUGGCGAAGCAAAAGCUUUGGUUCUCCUCGCAGACGAUAGGGGUCAUUCUCGAGCCGGAGACGAGAUCGGGGUGUUCUCGUGCCGUUUCAACGGAGAAUUUCGCGAGUGCCCGAUACCAGACCACACGAUAAAUCUAGCUGCUUCCUACGAGAGUUUCUGUGGCGAAGGGAGGGGUAGUCGCGCGAGGAUCCUGGCUGUACCGUAUCUCUCGAGGCAGUUGCAUCGAAUCGAGCUGAUGCCACCAGAUUAUCGAGAGGCGGCGCUCUUCGACGUUCUUCCAACCAUCCAUCGCGCGAGAAACAUCGAAAUCGACGUACACCGCGGUAAGACAGGCUGUUGCUCGUGGUUGCUGACGUGUGGAUACGACGGUUCGAUCGUCGUCCGAGACGAGGCUAAUCCAAGGCAUGUUUCCAUGGUGUUCGUGGGCCAUCACGGAAGCGAUGGAGGCACUCGAAACGUAGUACUCGUUGGCGACACGAUCAUUUACCUUGGCCGAAACGGGGAUUUGGCGGCCACUAGGCUGGUCGAAUUGAACGCGAAACGCAUUCCCACUGAAACCAUAGAUCUUCCAGACACGUCGAGCAGUUUUCCUUGUUGGAUCGUGGAUCAAGUGUCUAUUCAAGGACUCGUUGGGAACGAGGAACAGGUAGAUCGGUCGAGUGAAACGUGGAUAGAGAGCAUAAUUCGCGAACGGAACGACGCGGAAGAGAAGCGAAUCCUUUCGACGCGGCUCGCGAUCAUCGAUGAUUUCAACGGACUGAGACGUCGGGUAAAGGCGCUGCUCGAUUCAAACGAAACCGAAUCACCGAUCGCCAAGCUACCGAUCCACGCGUUCGAUCUCGAUCAGGCGGCUCGAGAACGCAAGUUGGCAGCCGGCAGAUCGGCGGAGGAACAGUUACGGGAGAUCGCCGACCAGCGGAUCACUAGUAACAAUCGGGCGAUUUGUUAUUUGCGUGAACGAUUCCUCAAACCACUGAUCAGUCCACCGAGAAACAUCGUGUCCGUUUGCAGCGGCGAAACAAAGGUUACCAACUACCCUCUGGUCGGGGUAACACAGCGGGACGCAGAUCUACGAUCUUGGUGUCGAUUCACCGAGCAAACGAGAGACAUGGUAUCUAGGUUGGAAGCGAUGCAUUUUGAACCAUUCGACGCGAAGACACCGCGAAAUCCAUUCUACUCCUGUCUCGGAUACGUAGAAGUACUCGAAGCUAAUAUCCUCGCGGACGGCCGGGAACGCGUUGCCAAGAUGCGAUUCAACGAACGAUUCGAGGAGCUACGAGCCGCGAAAGAGAGUGAGACGAAGACGGCAAUCGAGCACGCUAACCAGACACGACGUUGCGCUGGGGAACUGAUGAAAAUGUACGGCGUGGACGCGAGCACGGAGCUAUUGGACGCUUCACUGUGGCGUAGAAAAGAUACAAUGAUCACCGACGAGAGCUUUGAGGAGGACCUGCCAGAUUCUCUGCACGAGGAGGAAGAAGAGGCUGUCGAGAACGAUCACUCGUUUCGUCGGAGGGCACUCGAACAGAUGAUGGACGGUGUCCUCGAAGUUGGGUUGAAGGAGAAGGCGAUGAGAAGCGUCCCGUUGCCGCCGGUCUGUCUGGCCCAUAAAGAUCCGUCACGUUAUUCGCGAGAGGACAUCGAGACGAUCGAAGCGUACGAGAGAAGACUACGGGCGUCGCGGGACGACGAUCGACUCGCGUACAGAUCCACGCUGGAAGCAACGAUCGAGCGUGCAAAAGAGGAAUUUUGGUGUCGCGCAAAAACGUUCGACGACCAGUUGGACGAUCUCGCCGCAGAAAAGAUUUGUGUCGAACGAUCGGUAUUGCUGGAACGAUUGUCCGAGUCGCGAACGAUCCUCCAGCAUCGGCAAAUCGCUCGGAAUAGACGCAAAAUCCGGCGAAUAAUCGAGCUGGAACUGACACCAGCGGUGACAAGGUCGCGGAAUCUCGUUGCGGAGUGUGAACUCUUCGAGGCAGGUGUGAUCGAGCUUCGAAAUCGGUACGAAGCUUUACGAAAGCGGGACAAAUUACUCGAGGAAAAGUAUCGAGCGGAUUUACGCGACUCGAAGCAGCAGCCGAUAGCGGAACAGCUGUUGCGGCACUAUCGCAAGAGGCCGAGGACGGUAACGGCUUGCUGCGGCACGUCGCUCGCCUUUCUCGGCGAACUCGCCGACUGUGUACUCGAGCAACGGGGUUCCGAGCUUUUGCCACGCGAUUGGGUCGAUUAUUUGAGGGCCAUGAACAAUCUGGACGCGAUCCCAGACAGUUUACCCUCUCGUAUGGAGGCUGAGGAUUGGCGUUCGGUGUGCGUGCAAAGACGACUGAAAAUCGAGGCGGAGAUCAAGGAAGUAAGGAAUUCUGCGCAGGCGAGAAUCUGCGCAAUCGAACUGGCCGAAGCGGAACAGAGUCUAGCGUUCCAUCGGAAGAUGUGCUCGAUCGGUCGAGCGUCGGUGAACCGUUCCAAGGAGACGAUGCAACAACUCGACGAGUCUCUGACCGAUCUGAUCGCCGAUCAGGAAGUUCAUUUGCUCCUCAAGACGGAACAGUUACGGGAACAGCCCCGUGGCAACGUCACUUCCGACUGGGCUGAAACUGUUUUGAUUCCGCGGCGUGAAUUAAUUGAUACAGCCGAGGCGAUCGCUGCGGCUGGUCGACGAAAAAUGUUCGAGCUUCGCCGUUCAAUAAACCUCGAAAGGACCGUGUCUCGAGAAGAAUAUCGACGGGCGUGUCUCGAACGCACUAUGGAAGAUCUGCAGACGCGUUUGAAGGAUCUAAUGGCCGCCAAGGCAACGAAAAUUGCGCGAGAGUGUGGGUAUCGUUGCGCGCAGGGAACAGCGUCCAAUGAGAUGAUCGAAAUCGUGGAAAGGAACUUCCGGUUGCGACAAACGGAAACUGUGAAGAAGGAAAGAGUAAAAUCAAUGCAGAUCGCGAACGAGGCACGGGCCUGGCGAAGGAAGAAUUCGCAUUUGAGUCGAAGAAUCGAGGAGACAAAGACUGAAAAGGCUCGAUUGAUUGCCGCGAUUCGUGAACCUUUUCGCGUGAAGGCCGUAGCGUUUCGCAGGAACAAGAUGCGAGCGAUCACGAGGAAAGCGAAUCUCGCGCGAGCGGUCCGCGAGAAUUUUAACGAACUGAUGACUCUCGAGAGUCGACUGGAGAUUUCCAAGCUCCGAACGUACCCUACUUUGAGGCUGAAAGUUUAA